AAUAAACUGUCAUACGAUAGCUCUAUCGACAAUACAGUUCUAUCGAUUUUCGAUAUUGAGUUGUUUUGUUUGCUAAAAUAAACCACAAACAAAACAUUUGGUAAAUACUUAUAAAUAUUGAAUAGAAAGAUGCCACUUACAGCGGAGAGUGCGGCGCAACAGAUUCAGGAUCGCCUGAAAGACAUCCAACAACACAUUCACAUAGUGGACGGAGAGCGUCGGCGGGCGGAGAAUUCUAUUUCCAGCCUGGUGCGAUCCUUGCAUGCCACCAAUCAAAAGGUAAAACCUCUGUUGAAGGCCAGUUUACUGGAAGCAUCCCAGGAAGAGGCUACAAUUCGAGCUGCUCUGGCCAAAAUCCAUGAGAUACGCAGCAUUCGCAAUGAACGCAGGAUACAAGCUCGAAACGCGGGCAACAAGGAGGCGAUUCGUCGCGGUGCUCUCAUGAAAAUGGUUCAAUUAUCGGCUCAAACUCUACCUCUCUUUGUGGGUAAGCAGGGCGAACGUGCUCCGGCCCUUUGUGGAGCCAUUCCCGCCGAGGGUAACUAUGUGGCUAAGGUUGGGGAUAACGUAGCCGCUCUGGCCAAGGGAAUCGAUGAGGAGGAGAACUGGAUCCUAGCCGAGGUGGUGCAGUUUCUCCAUCGUCAAAACAAAUACGAUGUGAUAGACAUUGAUGAGGAGCAGAAAGACCGGCAUGUUCUGAGCAAGCGUAAGGUCAUCCCGCUGCCACUGAUGCGUGCUAAUCCGGAGACGGAUGGGCAUGCACUGUUUCCUAAGGAUACGGUGGUCAUGGCACUGUAUCCGCAGACCACCUGCUUCUACAAGGCUAUCGUCCAUCGGCUGCCGCAAACUGCCACCGAGGAUUACGAAGUGCUCUUUGAGGACUCCUCGUACAUGAAUGGCUAUGCCGAACCCCUGCCGGUGGCCCAGCGAUAUGUGAUUGCAUACCGACACAAAAAAGGAGCUGGCAGUGGCAGUGGCAAUCUAUCGUCAGCUUAGGAGUAGAGGAGAGAUUUAAA